AUGGUUCUUCAGUAUGUUCGCAACCUGCUGUAUCGGAGAUCAUGCCAAUACACGCAGAGCGGACUUGUGGAUGCCUCUGUCCUCGAAGCUGAUCUCGUCGAGAUGGUGAAGAGCUUCGCGAAGCGUUAUCCGAACAGCAGGACAGCCAAGGCUUGCAAGGCUGUCAGUGUGGAGGGAUGCACCCCCGACGCUAUCGCAGAACUGAGCCAUCCGCUCGACAUGUCAGCAGGCACGACAGAGUGGUUUAUGCAGCAGAUUGAAGAAGCCAAGAAGGAGAAGGUCGAGACAUACACCGCCUCAGCAGGCAACGAGAAGAAGAAAUUUGAAGAGAUCGGACUGAUCGUAGACUCAGUGCAAGAGAGUAAAGCAAUCAUGUGGAAGGCUCCGUAUAGACCCGAGAUAGCGAGUGCUGAGGAGAUCCCGGUGACUGUUUCCUUCCUCCGCAAUGCACAAGCGGAGAAGCUCUGGCAGGGAAGAGAGGACUUCGCGAUCGAUGGUCGCAAGUUCACAGCUGUACAUCGGUCCAACUCCAGCCGCUGGCAGGCAUGCCAGGCUGGUCAGGGAGGUGGAGUGGAUCGUCUCCUCGAGCUGCCCAGAGGCGAAUCAGGCGAAGACCCGAAGAUCAGAGAGGCGCUCGCAGUCGAGUUGACAGCUGAUCGCUUUGUGUCCAGAAAUAAGUUGAAGAAGGCAUCAAGACUGCAGAAGAAGGCAGGCGGCAAGGACGGCAAGGAGAUCAAGAUCAUCAUCAAGUCGACGGCGGCAUCUGGUCGCUUCACGAGGAAGGAGAUGGAGGGGCUGUGCAACGGCGGCAACACGUCCAUCGCAAGAGUCAAGAGAGUCUUGUUGGAGAUCGCUAACAGGCUCGAGAUCAACGUUGAAGGCAUCGACAUGGAGGAGGAUUUGAACACCAAGUCCUGGAACGGGUCCAAGCUAUGCAUCCUCCUCGGCUCCACGGAGGAUGCUCGACGCAUGAUGAAGGAGCUGCCCUUCUAUCUCGAAGGCGCAGCAACCAAGCUCGAAGCAGUCGGCUUCGACAAGCCUCGGAGCCUGAGGCGGCUGGUCAGCGGGGCACCAGCGACGCAGCGCAGCGAUAGGACAUUACGUCCAUUCCGUUCCAAUCCCCUUCUGGAAUCUUUAGUAGGGGGCUUAUGGGUUGACCUAACCUUGACCUUGACCUUCGUGCUGAUUUGA